AUGACAAUGACGAGAGACACUCCCGCAAACGUGCCCCUUUCAUGCAAAUCCGACUUUGAUUGCCUUCAAUCAACCCGUCCCGCCAACUGGCCCUCCUCCCAUCCUACUAUCCGCACCGGCAACUACGCAUGUGUCUUUGCCGACGCCAGCACCACCGGCACCUGUCAGUUUGUUGUCACCGCAGGGGAGCGAUGCAACGCUGCAGCCGACUGCGCUGCGUAUGCUUUUUAUUCCCAGUUCAACCUAUCCACUCCCGCCGACCUCUGCUCUCCCCAGUACUGUACACUCGAGUCGACCUGCGGAAGCCCUUGGCAAGACAAGGACGCACCCUCCAGCCACACCUUCAACACCUCCGCAGACAGCCUCAUCUCUUGCUGCGGAGGCCAGCCAGCGGGAUCGAUCUGUACAUUGGUCGGUAGCAAUGUCGACACCUGCCAACACAGCAACAGCUGCAGCUUUGAUUUCGACGAGGAGAACCCUGACCCGACUCAGCAUAGUGGGCAUACCCUUGACCAAAUGAAACAGCUUGGCCUAGGCUCUUGUCAACCCCUCGACAAGCGCAACCAUGUCUGGAUCGGCGUUGUUAUUACCCUCAUCUCGUCCACAGUCCUGAACCUUGGGCUCAAUGGGCAGAAAUACGCCUUGCGCAAGCAUGACGAGAGACGCGUGAUGAAGGAGCUCGAGAUGGAAGAGGAGCAUGAACGUUGGCGACAGGAGCUAGGAUGGACCGAGGAGCAAGUUCAGGAAGAGGCAUAUCGGCUGUUUGAGAUCAAGGAGGAUCGCAGAGGCAAGCUGUAUCGUCAGCUCAAACCGUAUAUGUUUUGGCGUGCUAUUUUUGUGUCAAAGCUGUGGGCUGCAGGGUUAGUUGUCUUCAUUGUUGGUAAUCUCGGAGGCUUUAUUGCCCUGCGGUUUGCACCACAGUCUUUGACCGCUCCGCUCGGAUCGAUAUCGCUCAUUUCAAAUGUCAUCAUUGCACCACUUAUCAACAAGGAGGUUCUUGGACGAUGGGACUUGGCAGGCAUCUUUUUCAUCGUUGCUGGCUCUGUCAUCGUCGUCGUCUUUUCGGGAAUCGUUGCUCAAGAUUACAAACUAUGCGUGCUUAUCAAUCUCUUUCAGAAGCCCGCUACAAUCGCCUACUUGUCGCUCAUUGGGAUCUUCAUGAUUUUCACCUACUUUUUCAUCAAGUUUGUCGAAAAGAAUGUUGAAAACGAAGAAGAUGUGGCCAUUGGUGUCUCUUCUGAAAAGCAGCUACAGCAGGAACAACGCCUCUACCGCAUCAACUCCAACAUGAGCAAUCUCAGCCUUACACAGAAGGAACAAGAGAAAGGGGCAUCAAGUCAACAUGGCCGCAUGCCUAGCAUCGACGUACAACGACCGAUCCAUAUCCAUAACCCCGUACGACCCUUUGUUCAGGAACACGAUGGGCUUGCAGUAAACUCAAGCAUCAGCCAUCAAACCACCGUGAGCGAUGCCUCGGGUACCGCAGUGGGAGCCUCUUCAGCUGUUGGGGCCGAGCAUCCAUCAAAGGACAACACCGAUCCUCGACAGUCGAUCUACUCCAUCAAAAGUGGGAAAUCAAGCAGGAUCUCGGUUUUGAGUGUGGGGGAUGCAGGAAUCUCGAGUCCAAAGGCAGAGCGGCGUCUCACGUUUGAGACGCCUCGUUCAAAGGUGUCGUCCAACCUGUCUACCCAAGUCAAAUCCGUUAGUGGUGGUGGUGGAGGUGAGGAAAACACAGGAACGGACGUGACAGCAGGAGCAGGAGUGGGAGCAGAGGAUGUUGCUGAUGCUUCUGGGGAGGAUAGCCUGGUGCCGCGUCCUGGUGUAGAGCGAGCACAGUCCAUGACGACCUCGGUCAUCUCCCAACGAUCAAACCGUCGACGCCGUAAUCGAGCUAGUGAAAGUGACAUCAAGAAAGGCCAGGGCAAGGAAGGAAGAGUGUCGUUCUGGCAGCGAGUUAGGAGUUUCGAGAUUAUUCCGUCGCUACCGGAGGAGAAGCUGAUUCGGAGGAACUCGCCGCUGCUGCGGUUUUGUCUUCCGCUGUCGUAUGCGGCAUUGGGAGGGAUGAUGGCAUCGUAUACAGUACUGUUUGCAAAGUCGCUGAUCAAUUUACUAGUGACGAGCAUCUUUGACGGGGAUAACCAGUUUACGUCUGCGCUGGCGUGGGUGAUUCUGGUGGUGACGGUGGUGACGGCGGUGUCGCAGGUGUACUGGAUCAACAUGGGCCUGAAGAAGUACGAUGCGUUGCUGCAGGUUCCGGUGUUCUUUACGAUCUGGGUGCUGCUGGACAUUGUUGGAGGGGGGAUCUAUUACGACGAGUUUUCGGGGUUUACGGCGACAAAGUACAUGUUGUUCUGUCUCGGGGUGCUGACGGUGUUCUUUGGGGUUGCGCUGCUGGCGAAGCGGCUGGCAGUACUUGCGAAGGAGGACGUGGGCGAGUUGCAAUCGCAGCCUGUCUCUCGACGCGGGUCGACCAGUUAG